AUGGCCUCCUCACAAGUGCUGCGACACAAUGAUAUUAUCCUAGAGACAUCUCUUGAAGCCGAUGACAUCGAUAUCGAAGCCAUCCUAAGUGCUUGGGAAGAGCUACAUCCCUACAGCGUGGAAGCCGUGACCGCACGGUGUGCGGAGCCGUUCGAGUUUGCCGCAUCCGACCAAUGCAUCAUGUUCGCUGCCGUGCAACACUUGCCCACAAAGCCUGUGGAAAGCAAAACCGAAGAGGGCGAGGCGGCUGAGGAGGAGCUCAUGGCAGAACGGGCGGGCGAUAGGGACUCGAUCCCAGCAGCCACCGGUCUCCCUCUCGCAGUAUGCCUGGCCAGAAGCGAGGGACAUCGACAACAUCUGGGAUGCAGCCGCACCUCAACCUCUCGAUUCUCCAUCUGCCCCUCAGCCUCUGAGCAGGAUAUAUCGACGAUUCAUACGAUCGGCAUCCUCUAUCUCCGCACGACCGACAUGGUUUCCGAAUACAACAUCGGCCUCUCGCUCUUGCCCCAAUGGCGUGGCCAAGGCCUCGCCGCGCAAGCGCUCUCCGCAGGGCUCACAUACGCUUUCGACAACCUGUGGGCGCAUCGCGUGCAAGGCCUGAUCAUGGACGGGCCAUCGAGCGACGCUGCUCGUAACAUCUUCACGUCUCUCGGCUUCACAUGCGAAGGCACUCGCCGACGCGCAAUCAUCAGCCCCGCGGCGCCCGGGUACCGCGAUGUCGUGUCCUUGGCCAUGCUCGAUACGGAAUGGCAUGUGCGGGCGCAGGGAGGACACGGGGUGCGUGGGGUGUGGGAUGAGAUGUUUGUGCGGCACCAUCGCGAGCAGGAGGAGCUCCUGCAGUUGGAGGAGCGGCGCCGGAAGCUGCGCAGGACGGCGAGCAUGGAGACGGCCGCGAGAGGGACGUCGAGCUUGCGCUCACCUCCGGCCCGCCCUCACCAUCCACGUCCUCUGCAGAUCUCGGUGCCCAUUCACCUAGAGAUGUCGGAACCCCGGACCCCGCGUCUGACUCGGAUGCGGACGGCCCGCUGA